AUGGCUGAAGCAAUAGGGACGGCCUUUGGCGUCGUCGGCUUCCUAGGUCAACUGUUCGACGGGUGUGUCAAAGCAUAUGGGUACUUUACCGCCGCAGCGAACCUCGAUACCGACUCCGCGCGGCUGCUCUGCAAGGUCCGCAUCGAAGAGAUGCGUCUCGUCGUAUGGGGACGCGAGUGGGGCGUCGCCGAGGGUAAACUGGAGGCGCAUUUGAAGUCGAGAGAGUGCAACCCGCAGAUGGCGCAGCUAGCAGAGGGAAUCAUGAGGGAACUGCAUGCCACGGUUACGGACUUUCAGAGACUGAGAGAGCGGUAUGGGUUCGUCGAGGAAGGGCCGUCGGUAGGCGGUGAAGGGGCGAAGACGGUCAUCAUGCCUGAUAGAUCCAAGGAGAAGAAGGGGGCGGCCGUGAGGGAAGAGAAGGAUCAGAAGACCAAGGUGCCGGAGAAGAGCUGGAGGAAGGAAAUUUCAAAACGGGCAAAGUGGGUUAUUGCUGACAAGGAGAAGUUUACGGCUUUGUUAAAAGACCUGAAAGACUUCAAUGAUGGUUUGGAACAAUUGUUCCCCCCUUCUCGCCUUCCUUCUCUUCACCGCGCUUGGCGUCACUCCCUGUUGGACUCAGCUCAGCGAGACCUUUCCCAGCUCACCCUUCUUGAAUCGUCAUCCGCAGACUCAUAUCCCCAGCUCAACGCAUCGGCGAACCUGAAGAAGCUGAGGAUAAACCUCGACGCCAAGCCCCAGGCCUCAUUCCGCCCGACGUUCGCGUUCAAGGUCCCUCGUUCCGAUCUAGACAUCGCCCCUUUACCAUUGGGCAACGGAGACCCCGUGGGCGUUUCCAGCUCUGAAAACAGCACCGGCAGCAACAAGAGCUCCAAGUCCAAGUCAUCCGCAGGCAAAGGCGGCGAGGGCGGGAACGGCGGAGUCGGCACAACGACAACGACAACAACAACAACAACCACAAGGAUACACGCCUCUCACGCGACGCAUGGCCCGGUGCUCCUGGAGUGGGUGGAAUAUGACCCGCAGGACACCGAAGAACGUUUCCUCCAUCUCCGCCGUCUCGACGACCUCGCCCGGAUGAUGCACUCCGCCUCAGACCGCCAUCCGGAUCUACACACGAUAGACUGCGUCGGGUACACGGACGACACGGCCAACGCGCGGUACGGGCUCGUCUACCGCUGUCCCGUCCUCCCGUCCAUCCCGUCAUCACCAACAACAGCGACGACAGCCGCCGUCAGGGCCUCCUCCCACUCGACGCUCCACACGCUGAUCGCGUCGACGGACCUGAAAACGCCCGACCUGGACGACCGCAUCGCGCUCGCCUGCACGCUCUCCUGCGCCCUCUGGUCCCUCCACUCCCUCGACUGGCUGCACAAGUCCAUCUGCAGCGCCAACAUCCUCUUCUUCCCCUCCGCCGUCUCCGCGUCCGCGGAGCGCGCGACCGCCUCCGCCGCCCUCGUCCCGGACAUUGGCGCGCCGUAUCUGGUAGGUUUCGACGCCUCGCGGCCUGAUUUCGACGCCGAGAUGAGCGUCAACCCGCGGAACCCCAGCAUCCUGGACCUCCACCGCGACCCGCGGUCUCUGGGUACGGGGCUGAGCAGACGGCAAUACUGCAAGAGUUAUGACAUUUAUAGCCUGGGACUAGUGUUACUGGAGAUUGGGUUGUGGAAAGCGUUACAGACGUAUUACAAGCCGCACUACUCGGCAGAGCGUUGGAGAGACAGGAUCAUCUUGCCGGUGCUGGUGCCUGGGCUCGGAAGCAAAACCGGCAAGUUGUACAAGCAAGUGGUUGAGAAAUGCUUGACGGCCAAGGAUGACAUGUCGGGUAGUGAGGCUGGGCAGCUCAUGGAGUGGGUUGUUACGACACUGGAGAGCAUACGGACAUGA